CAACCGCCCAGCUCGCCCGGUGGCGGCUCGCGCCCUGCGCCCGGGGAGUAGCUCGCGCCGGGGUCGAGGGCGUGGCGGCCCGGCGACCGGCGCCGCACAGACUCAGCCGCGGCCAUCUCCCGCCGUGUCUCCCCAGAGGCCCAGCCCCUUUGCGACCCCCGAGCUCCCGCGUAGCCCGUCUGGCAGCCCCGGCCUCUCCUUCCCUUACCUGCCUGCCUGCUGCGGCGACCACUCGCGCAGACAUCCUCGAACUUUAAAAACGGAGACAAUCUGCCUUUAGAGGAAAAUGCUGAGGGACGCUAUGAAGUCUUGGAAUGAUAGCCAGUCAGAUCUUUGCAGCACUGACCACGAAGAGGAAGAAGAGAUGGUUUUUGGUGAAAAUGAAGAUGACUUGGAAGAGAUGAUGGAUUUAAGUGACCUGCCUACCUCACUUUUUGCUUGCAGAGUCCAUGAAGCAGUGUUCGAGGUGCCGGAGCAGAAGGAGAGAUUCGAAGCGCUUUUCACCAUCUAUGAUGACCAAGUUACAUUUCAGUUGUUCAAAAGCUUUAGAAGAGUCCGAAUAAAUUUCAGCAAGCCUGAGGCGGCAGCACGGGCUCGAAUAGAACUCCACGAGACAGACUUCAAUGGGAGGAAGCUGAAGCUGUAUUUCGCACAGGUACAGAUGUCCAGUGAAACACGGGACAAGUCAUAUUUACAGCCGCCCCAACCUGCCAAGCAGUUCCUCAUCUCCCCUCCUGCGUCACCUCCGGUGGGGUGGAAGCAAGGGGAAGAUGCAACGCCUGUUAUAAAUUAUGAUUUACUCUGUGCUGUUUCCAAAUUGGGACCAGGAGAGAAAUACGAACUUCACGCAGGAACCGAGUCCACACCGAGCGUGGUGGUUCACGUCUGUGAAAGUGAAACUGAAGAGGAAGAAGGAACAAAAAACCCCAAACAGAGAAUCACCCAGACACGGCGCCCAGAGCCUCCGACCGCAGCGCUGGGCGAGCCCCGGGCCUUCGACUGUGCGCUUUGAGGCUUUGGUGGUGUGGCGCGGAGCCACUGCCCACCUGGCCAGGGAUGGCGGGGACAUGCCCACCCACACCAUGACCACUGCCCAGCCAAGGGGAGGCCGGGGGGCACGGGGCACCCACACUGGGGACAGUAGGGUACGGAGUAGCAGUUUUAACUGAUCAGUUAAAAGCACAAGUUUUAACUGAUGUUCUGAACAGCAUAUUACUUUAAAGGAUUAGCCCCCACCACGUGGCAACUCUUGACCAUUUUUAAACAGCAAAUUAGGAGAAUGGCUUCCUCCAGAAACAUUGAUUUCCCUGAUUCUGGAUAGCACAGGGUACCCCAAAGUGAAAACGGUAGUCACCCAGGGCAGUUCCAUUUUUGAGAACUUAAAAAUAGUCUUAAAAUAAUAAUAAUAAAAAGUAUCACAUUUUUAAUAAUCUAGCUGAGUAUGUUUGUAAUGGUCUAUUGGCUCCCAACGUAUCUUUUGGUCAAAGAUUAAUCGGUAUUCAAUAUACAUGGAAUUUUUUGCCCAGAAAGAGACCUGACAUAGAGAAUAAUUCACAGAAAAUCAUUUUUUUUCUCAAGUGGUUUUUUUUUUCUUUAGCUUUGGGGAAGAAAUGCCCAGUUCCCUUCGACUGUCAGAAUCAAGGUGACCAAAUCUACGUGCACACUGUUCUCAUCACAAAGUGAUACGUAAUAGACCCCAGUUCCUGAUAAGCCACCCAGGCAAAGAGCUGCUGCUUUGGAAGCGAGACGCAUCACCUGUGAGCUUGAUGACCGUGACCUUGAUGACUGUGAUCUCAGGCGGCUACCACGCUCUCCCAUUUGUGACACAUCCUGGCCUAUAGCUCGGCCCGUCUUCAGCUACCAGCUGAGUGGCCAUUCUUCAUGUUUGUGUGUCAUCAUUCAUAGACUUUAAAUCAGAAAAAGUACUGAUAAGAUUUUCUGAAGACUGUUGUUAAAUUGUCCAUUUAAACAUUCUUCUGUUUGCUUUGAUAAGAGGAGUCACACACACUGUUUUUCUGUGAAUUAGGAAAGAUGGAGCAGAUAUGGAUAAUUCAUUGGUCAGAGUUUCUUUUGGGUGAAAUUUGUUUACUGUGGCUUCCAGUUGGCACUUUCCCUUAAAACAGAAUUGUUUCCUACUUGUGUUUGAGGGUGUAUCAUUGAACAGACAUCAUCUUAACUCUUUUGAGGUCUGAUUGAGUCUCGAAGUCCUUUUUGUAGAAAAGUGUCGUAACUAAGAAUGCUUUGCUUCAGGUCAGGUGGCCGUACUGGUUCUCUGCUCCCCCAAGGUUUUCUUUGUAAGGCAAGUGUCUGGGGCUCCUUGUUGUGUCUGUGCAAGGACUUUUGAGUUUGGACUAAUAAACCAGUGUGGCUGCCACGACAACGAAAGAAAUUCAGAAAUGCAGAAAUUCAGAUUAUGCUGUCGAAACAUUUUUGAUAACGUGUUUCUGUGGUCUAGAUGUUCUUAUUGCGGUUGAAUUUAUUUUUAAGGACUUAAACUUUAUUGCAAAAAAAAAAGUUUUCUAUAUUUUCCUUACCUUCAGAUAUGCUGAGAUGAUCAACUCUUCUGUUUGUAUAUAUCCACCACUGGUAAGCCUCAAUGUAAAUUCAGUUGAAAUUUGUGAUUCUGUAAGCAGCUUAUUAAACUUAUUAAAUUUAUUAUUUGGCAGUUUAACUGGCAGCCACUUAAUAAAUUUACUUUGCAGCUCUAACUUCA